AUGAGCAAUCCCUUCUCGUCCGCGCACCGCCUGCAUGUCAAGUCUCUCUAUAAACGGUACCUCAUUGAUGCGCUCAACUGGAACAUUCGUCGAGACCUGUGGAGGAAUAGAGCGAUUGAGAUUAGGGCCGAGUUUGAAAGGAACCGAAAUGUAACAGACCCCCGUGCAAUUGCUCAGAUUCUUGCUGAGGCUGAGGAGAGACUUGCUGCAAAGUCCCACCCGGACCCAUACAUCCAUGCCAUGUACCCAGGUGGAACUAAAUGGGAACGAAAUCUCCCGCCUCCGACGGAAAAGCCAGUCCCACACAUGUAG